GACUUUACACCCAUCCGUCUGUACUGCAAUAAGAAGACGGUUUACUCUGGGUACGUCGUAUUUGCACUCGGCCUGCAGGGUUUAGUUUGGCACCAGAAGUGAGAAAAUGAGUGACACAGAGGGAGACAAUGAGAUCUCCUUUCCAGUAAAGUUUCUUGGCCGAGUUGAGGUGGCCCGUUCUGAUGGACUCCAGAUCCUGUCUGAGGCUGUUCAGAGCCUAAAGCUACAACGUGAAAGGAGAUCCAUCCCCUUUCUUCCCCAGACUCCAGAUCAAUUCUCCUCAGAAAAGGCAGCGAGGAAGAGCAAGGUCCAUCUCUUCCUGUCGCUCAGUGGGAUAGACAUAUUGGAAAACAAAACAAAGUUUCUGCUGUACUCGUGUCCUCUGUCCACUAUUUCCUUCUGUGCCGUCCUGCCAUCUUCGCCCAAAGUGUUUGGAUUUGUGGCUCGACACCCUGCAGCAGACACCAACCACUGCUACCUGUUCCAGAGCCAGACGUUUUCUCACGUGCUGGUGUCAGUCAUUGGGGAUGCAUUCCGAGCUUCAAAAAAAGAGGAGAGCGUCAGGGGAGGGAGAGAUCUCAUAGUGGAGGCCCUCAGACAUAAGAAUAAAAUGCUGCAAAGAGAGAAUGCGGAGCUGAAGAGGAGACUUGAUAGACAGACUGAUGUGUAGUGAUUGAGACACAUACUAAUGAACCUUUUCUAUUCUCAUGAAAAACCUUCCAAUAGCAAAACAUAAAGGCCAAUGUUUUGUUAUUACCACGUAAAUUCUAUGUUUAUUACCAAUUUUCUCUGAUCAGGUGUUGUGACGUUACGCACAUCCACACCAGUAGAGGGCAGCAGUAAUCAAACAAGGAAGAACUCGAAGCGGUGCGUUCAAAUGCUACCCUUUCCGUGUUCUUGUGCCUUUGUAAAUCAUUUAAGAAAAUGCCUCAGAGAAAAUUAAUAUGUGAAAUGAUGGCCGAGUUAUGCUGUGUGGCUUGUGCUCAAUCGUAACAACUCACAAUAAAUAUUAUUUUAGAAA